AUGCAACAGUUGAAUGGUGAUCUUCAUCCUCAAGGGGUUCCACAAGAAGCUGCAGGUGGUAGUUUCCGAGAUUUCUUUCGCAUGAAUCCUCCUGAGUUCCAUGUUGGAUUAAAUCCUGUGAAGGCUCAUGAGUGGGUAACCAGCAUGGAGAGGAUUUUCCAGAUAGUGCAUUGUAGUGAAGAGAAUAAAGUUGUGUUUGCUUCUCACAUGAUGAGGGGUCCUGCUGUGAGGUGGUGGGGAAGUGCUUCGACUCUUAUGACCAAUCAAGGAGUACCUAGGGAUUGGGAGCAUUUUAAGACUACUUUUCUGGAUAAGUAUUUUCCUAGAUCUUUGAGGACUCAUAAAGAAUUUGAGUUUCAGCAGCUUAGACAGGGUACUAUGUUAGUAGCUAUGUAUGCUGAAAAGUUUGAAGAUAUGGCUGCUUACUCUCGACGGGCCGUGUAUGCACCAGAUGAGAAGUGGAAGAUCGAUUUGAAGAAAGUUCAAGAAGAAAUGGAUCAGUAUAGAAUUGGACACAAGGACCAGGGAAGGCCAGGUAACCGGUUUAGGCCUAGACCUCAAUCUUUCAAAGGAAAACAAGUGCAACAUGCAAGACCUAACCAUCCUCCGCAAUGUCAAAGGGAGGGACACAUGGCUAGGGAUUAUCCUCAGAAUAAGAAUCAGAUGCAACGAAGGAACACCGGUCAAGUUUAUACUUUGGAUGCAAGGAAGGCUAAGAGGAACAAUGCUUUGAUUGUUGGUAGUUCCGAGCAGGCGAAGGGUAAGGACAAGAUAGAGUGA